GCCGGGAAGGCGGGGGCGGGGCGGGGCCGGGCGGGCGGCGGGGGCGGCUUUGCCAUAUGCGCGGUGCUGCGCGCGGGCGGGCGGGUAGCGCUGAGGUGGGGGACGAGCGCCGGGGCCGCCGCCAUGGGCAAGAAGCAGAAGAACAAGAGCGAGGACAGUGCAAAAGAUGAUAUUGAUAUUGAUGCCCUUGCUGCUGAGAUAGAAGGUGCAGGAGCCGCAAAGGAGCAAGAGCCUCAGAAAUCCAAAGGCAAAAAGAAAAAAGAGAAGAAGAAACAGGAUUUUGAUGAAGAUGAUAUCCUGAAGGAGCUGGAAGAACUGUCAAUAGAGGCGCAAGGAGGGAAAGUUGACAGGGAACCUUCUACAGGAAAGGUUGAAAAUGACAAUGAAGAAAGCUUAUCAAAACAAGAUAAAAAAAGGAAAGGAAAGAGUAAAAAAGCCAAUCAGGAAAAUGACUAUGACAGUGAGGAAGUGGAAGAUAAAGAUAAAAAAUCUAAGAAAACUCAGAAAGCAAAACAAGACAUGCUUUCUGGCAGUGAUGAUGAUGAUCAUGAGACACAGCUUAAGAAAAGCAAAGGGAAAACUCAGAGGUCAAAUAAAAAGCACGAUCUGUCAGAAGAAGAUGAAACUAACAUUAAGAAAAGCAAAGAGCGUGCAGCAUCUACAGGUGGGAGUGGUGAUGAAUCAGAUGACGUCUCCCAGUCUAGAAAAGGACAAAAGAAAAACCAAAAACCGAAGUCCACUCCCGCUGCUGAAAGUGGGGAUGAUGAAGAAGAACCUUCAUUCAAAGUAAAAACAGUGGCUCAGAAGAAGGCAGAAAAAAAAGAACGUGAAAGGAAAAAACGUGAGGAAGAAAAAGCCAAAUUGAGGAAGCAGAAAGAGAAGGAAGAAUUAGAAGGUGGUGGUAAAGAACUAGCAAAGCCUAAGGAAGCUCCAAAAAAAGCUGAAGAGAAGGCUUCUCCUGAAGUCGCGGCAACCUCUGGCCCUGGGGAAAAAGGAGAGCCUCCUGCAGGAACAGAGGCUGAUGACAAUGAGGGGGACAAAAAGAAAAAAGACAAGAAAAAAAAGAAGGGCGAGAAAGAAGAAAAAGAGAAAGAAAAGAAAAAGGGUCCCAGUAAAGCCACAGUUAAAGCUAUGCAAGAAGCCUUGGCUAAAAUGAAAGAGGAGGAGGAACGGGCAAAAAGAGAGGAGGAAGAACGCAUAAGAAGACUGGAGGAACUAGAAGCGAAGCGCAAAGAGGAGGAAAGGCUAGAGCAAGAGAGGAAAGAAAGAAAGAAACAGAAGGAAAAAGAGAGGAAGGAGCGUUUGAAGAAGGAGGGAAAACUUUUAACAAAAGCUCAACGAGAAGCGAGAGCCAGAGCGGAGGCUACUCUUAAACUACUCCAAGCUCAGGGUGUUGAAGUGCCAUCCAAAGACUCUGUGCCAAAGAAGAGGCCAAUAUAUGAAGACAAAAAGAAAAAGAAGCAGCAGCAGAUGGAAAAUAAAGAAGUUUCAGAAAGUGUGGAGGUAACUUCCCCAGCUGAAGAUGCUGUAGAACUGGAAACACCAGUAAAAGAAGAGAUUCCUCUUCCAGUAGAGCCAGAAGAAAAGGAGGAAGAAGAAGAAACAGAAGAUGGGGGUUUGGAUGACUGGGAAGCUAUGGUUAGUGAUGAAGAUGGAGAGAAAGAGAGCAAACCUGUCCACAUUGAAGUCAAGGAACAAAAUGAAGUAGAGGAGGAAGAGGACGAGGAAGAAGAGGAUGAGGAAGAGGAAGAAGAAAGUGAAGAAUUUGAAGAUAGCGAAGGGAGUGAAGAUGAGGAUGAAAAGACUUCAGAUGAGCGAGAGGCAGACUCCCAAGCUAUUGGAAAACAAUCUGUGGAAAAAAAGCCCGGCAAGGAAAUGAGCUCUGAUUCUGAGUACGACUCUGAUGAUGACCGUACUAAGGAAGAGCGUGCUUAUGACAAAGCUAAACGGAGAAUUGAGAAGCGACGAGCUGAAAACAGCAAAAAUAUGAACACUGAAAAGCUUAGAGCACCAGUUAUCUGUGUCCUGGGGCAUGUAGACACAGGCAAGACCAAAAUUUUAGAUAAGCUCCGCCAUACUCAUGUACAGGACAGUGAAGCUGGUGGUAUCACUCAGCAGAUUGGUGCGACUAAUGUUCCUCUUGAAGCUAUUAAUGAGCAAACAAAGAUGGUGAAAAAUUUUGACAGAGAGAACAUAAAAAUUCCAGGCAUGCUGAUAAUCGACACUCCAGGACAUGAGUCUUUCAGCAAUCUAAGAAAUAGAGGAAGCUCACUUUGUGAUAUUGCUAUACUCGUAGUUGACAUCAUGCAUGGUUUGGAGCCACAGACAAUUGAAUCAAUAAAUCUGUUGAAAUCUAAGAAAUGCCCUUUUAUAGUAGCUCUCAACAAGAUUGAUAGGUUAUACGACUGGAAAAAAAGUCCAGAUACAGACGUAGCCGUCACUUUAAAGAAGCAGAAAAAGAAUACAAAAGAUGAAUUUGAAGAACGUGCAAAAGCUAUCAUAGUGGAAUUUGCGAAACAGGGCUUGAACGCUGCCUUGUUUUAUGAGAAUAAGGAUCCCCGCACUUUUGUUUCUCUUGUACCUACCUCUGCUCACACAGGGGAUGGCAUGGGAAGUCUGAUAGCUCUUCUCGUUGAGCUAACGCAAACUAUGCUGACCAAGAGACUGGCUGAGUGUCAGGAGCUGAGAGCUCAAGUCAUGGAGGUUAAAGCACUGCCAGGCAUGGGCACUACCAUAGAUGUUAUUCUGAUCAAUGGACGCCUGAGAGAAGGAGACACGAUCAUUGUUCCUGGGGUAGAAGGUCCUAUAGUAACUCAGAUUAGAGGUCUUCUGCUGCCUCCUCCUAUGAAGGAGCUACGAGUUAAGAACCAGUAUGAAAAGCACAAAGAGGUCGUUGCUGCUCAAGGUGUGAAGAUUCUCGGGAAGGAUUUGGAAAAAACAUUGGCUGGUUUGCCGCUGCUUGUAGCUUAUAAGGAGGAUGAAGUCCCAGUCCUCAAGGAUGAACUAAUACACGAACUGAAGCAAACACUGAAUGCAAUCAAAUUAGAAGAGAAAGGUGUUUAUGUCCAGGCUUCUACGUUAGGCUCUUUAGAAGCAUUACUUGAAUUUCUUAAAACAUCAGAAGUGCCAUAUUCAGGAAUUAAUAUAGGUCCUGUCCAUAAAAAAGACGUUAUGAAGGCAUCAGUGAUGUUGGAGCAUGACCCACAAUACGCAGUCAUUCUAGCGUUUGAUGUGAGGAUUGAACGGGAUGCACAGGAAAUGGCCGAUAGUUUAGGAGUUCGAAUUUUUAGUGCUGAAAUAAUUUAUCAUUUAUUUGAUGCCUUCACAAAGUAUAGACAAGACUACAAAAAGCAGAAACAAGAGGAAUUCAAGCAUAUAGCAGUAUUUCCUUGCAAGAUGAAAAUACUCCCUCAGUUCAUUUUCAACUCUCGUGACCCAAUAGUGAUGGGUGUAGUGGUGGAAGCUGGCCAGGUGAAGCAGGGGACGCCCAUGUGUGUACCUAGCAAAAACUUUGUUGAAAUUGGAAUAGUUACAAGUAUUGAAGUAAACCAUAAGCCAGUGGAGGUUGCAAAGAAAGGCCAAGAAGUAUGCGUUAAAAUAGAACCUAUUCCUGGUGAAUCACCGAAAAUGUAUGGACGACAUUUUGAAGCAACAGAUAUCCUCGUCAGUAAGAUCAGCCGUCAGUCCAUCGACGCUCUGAAGGACUGGUUCAGGGAUGAAAUGCAGAAGUCUGACUGGCAGCUUAUAGUAGAGCUGAAGAAAGUGUUUGAAAUCAUCUAGAUAAUUCUUUACAGCAAUGGGGAGGCAGGAAUAAACGCGCUAUUCCUGUUCUAAAAGUUACCAACAAAGUCCUAUAUUGAAGACAGUGUUGGAUAUAUGUUUGGGAGGAAAAUAUGUGGAUAAAAUGUUUUCCAUGAGAAACCAAGAAAUUUACACUGGUUUGACAGUGGUCAAUUUACAUGUUCCCAUGGUUCCAAUGUGCCUGUUCACCUCUCCUACUGCCCUUCCUAAUACUGGCUGCUGUUUUAAAGUUUGCCCUUCCUUCUCUUACACCUUCCUUCCACCCUCUUGCCCUCCCUCUCUCCAAAAUAAAAUAAAAUAAAUUGAAUUUUUAUUACAGAACUAAAGCUCUUUCACUUUUAUACUGAUGAGAUCAGUACUGCAGUAUUUGAUUAACCAAGCUUCUGCAGACUUUGUGAUUCUUGGGACGUUUUUGAUGUAAGAAGUACUUCUUUAUUUAUGCAUACCUCUUCCCUUGAUUCUCUUUUCCAACAUUCUUCUGCUUUGUGCCUAUAGAAAUUUUUUUAAAUAGAAAAGUAGGCAAUUGGAUAUUUCUGUAUUUGCUUUGUGUGAAACAAUGAUGUAAAGCAUAGUUGGCCGCCUUUUACUGCUUGUACAGUUCAUGAAAGUCGACCUGUAAUCAUUAUAACGCAGAGCCGCAAAUAAAGGAGAUGGACAUAGUA